AAUUACGCAAACACAAGUACGCGAGCGUUAUUUGGACAAAACGUUGUGGGAACGCUAGCGUCGCGUUUUGCAUCGACGCACAAAUCAGACUAGAGAGUAGCUACUAACGUUAUGUUUUCAACGGCUCUGCUAGUAGCUACCGUUUUGUUCGACGGUGUUGCUUAGAAUAUGAUUCAAGCAGUAAAAUUAUCAUAAUAGCCACAUUUUCAAAAUACCACAAUAGAAAAGAAGAGUUAACGUUAAACGCGUCCAUUCCCUCAAGAGGGGAACCUGAUCUCGUUGUUGAUUCCCCUCAGGACACAAUUUACCGUAACACUACUUGUGCUGUCGUCUUCAAUCAGGAAGAGGAACUGGAUUCUGUCGUUAAAGCCAACUUCAUAGUUGUGUGUGGGUCUUCUCGUCUUUAGAAAUCACGAAUGCAAGCUACUAUGACACAUUUAAGACUGCUCCCUCUGGUUUUGACUUUGUGGGCUGUUUCUUUCGCCGAUGACACGAGCAAUAACACCACCACCACUAAACCCCCCGCUCUCCAGAACACUUCCAGCAUCAGUAACGUUACAGAAGAGUCUCAGAAAAAUGCCGCCGCCACCACCAACAACUCAAAAACGGGCUUCGAUCUGGACGGCGCGAUGAUAAACAGGGCUCUGUAUGUUCUGAUCGGGAUCACGUCCAUCGGAGUUCUGUAUUUCUUAGUGAGAGCUGUCCGUCUGAAGAAAACAGGUGUUAAGAGAAAGAAAUACGGGCUCCUGUCAAACUAUGACGACACAAUGGAAAUGGCCCACCUAGAAAGCGACGAGGACGAUACCACUGUUUAUGAAGCCAAAUCUUUAAGAAGAUGAAUGUCUGGGGGUGUUUGAUACUGCCAGAAAUAUUAUAUGAUGAAGACAAUCCCAUUAUUUCCACCAAAAUGGUUGUUGAAUGAUUUUGUUGUCAUUUUCUACAGCCAUGAGAGGAUCUAGUCACUAUGCUUGGAUGCCUUUUUCCACGAUUAAAUUGAAUGUGUAGGUUUAAACUAGAUAUAUUUUGGACUGAUAUGACCAAAUAGAUCUUCUUGGACAUUUCUUGGAAGGUCAUACAUUUUGUUGUGGCAGAAGGUCAAAACUGUGUUUUUGUGCCAAAGUUAUUUAUGCAUAAUUUUUAGGGGUUUGAAACUCUUGUCUGAGUUGACGCAUGUUAAUAAUUAAUAUUGUAAAAGAUUGGCCCUCAUUUACAAUCCACCAACGCUGAAAAGUCUGAAAGUUGUUUGCUAAUUUAUGGGACCAUUAUAUUGUUUGGACUAUCUAAAUUUGUCAUUUUUUAGGGGUACUGUCAAAUUAUGAUAGAUAUUAUGUUUUUUUUUUUCCAAAUAUCCUUGCUUUUGUUUUUAUCUUUUCUUUGUGUCUUUCUUUCAUUACUAUACUGGGACUGUACAGGUGUGAAUUAUGGAAUAAGUGAUUCUGCCAAAUACCAGCAUAUGUAAGAGAUGCACUUUGAUUUUUAGGGUUUAGAAACAGCAAAACAUGGUAUUU